AUGGCGCUCUCCGACGAGAAGAUCGAUGUCGAGCUCGAGGAGCAUGCCACGGAGCCAAGGGGUGUCAUCACCCCUGAGGAGAUCCAGGCGCGCUUCGAGAGGCUGCGUGAUCUCAGCACGGAGGAGAUGGACGCGCUGAAUAAGAGGGUCGUCAAGAUCAUCGACUGGAGGUUGAUGCCUUGCAUCACGCUGAUGUUCCUCAUGUCCUACCUAGACCGCAUAAACGUCUCCAAUGCCCGCUUAGCCGGGCUACAGAGCGACCUGCAUAUGGACGACACGGUCUGGAACACGGGCAUCUCAGCCUUCUACAUCGGCUACCUCUUUGGCCAGCUACCCGGAAACAUGCUGCUCGCCAAGGUGAGCAGCCCGCGCUGGUUCCUCCCCACCGUCAUGCUCGCCUGGAGCGUGUGCACCAUCUGCAUGCCAGCCAUGACCACCGGCGCCGGGUUCAUAGUCUGCCGCUUCUUAGUCGGUCUGACGGAAGCCCCUUUCUUCCCUGGCAUCACGCUGAUUACAUCGUCAUGGUAUACCAAGGAAGAAAACCCCAUGCGCAUGGCAGUGUGGCACGCAGGCAACACAAUCUCCAACAUUCUCUCGGGAUUUCUGGCGGCGGGUAUCCUGACCAUGAAGGGCACCUUGGGUCUGCACUCGUGGCAAUGGUUUUUCAUCAUUGAGGGGGCAGCCUCAAUAGCCAUAGCGCUGAGCGCCUACUUCGUCCUCCCGGAUUGGCCUCAAAACACGCGCUUCCUGACGAAGCAGGAGAGGGAGAUGGCUCAGUACCGCGUGCUGGUCUCCAACGGUGGGAAGGAGGAAGUUGUCGGUGGCACGUGGGACGGGCUGAAGGAUGCUGCGAAAGACCCCUUUACAUGGUUCUUCUGCCUUAUGCACUUUGCGCUUGACACGGCGCAGUCGUUCAAAGACUUCUUGCCUUCGAUCAUGAAAACCUUCCACUUCAACGAACUCACGACCUACCUCGUGCAAGCCCCACUCUACGCCGUCGCCUACGCGGCCGCCUGCAUGCUAGCCUGGUCGUCAGGCCGCAACCAAGAAUCAACCUGGCACAUCAUCGUGCCCAUCGUAGCCUCAGCCGUAGGCUGCUCCGUACUAAUCAGCACCCUCAACGUCGGGGCGCGCUACUUCGGUUUGGCCCUCCUCAUCCUGGGCACGUACAACGGGCUGAACCUGCAGCUCUCCUGGGAGACGACGGUCGUCCCCGCACCCAGGAGCAAGAAGGCCGCGCUGAUCGCCAUCGCGAACUGUGUCAGCCAGACCAGCCACUGGUUCAGCCCUUACUUUUUUCCGACGAGCCAGGAGCCCUUUUACAGGCUCGGUGGCGGGUUGAUUCUGGUCGGGUGUCUGAUCACCGUCGUCUCGGCCCUGUUGGUGCGGUGGAGGGCUGCCAAGUUGAAUCGGAGGCUUGAUGAGGUCGAGGGGUGGUCUCAGCAUUGCGGGAAUGAGAGGGGGUGGAGGUACGUGUACUAA